GAGCCCAGCGAUCCCCGCUCUAGGAAGAUCAGGUUGCAAUCCUGCCUUUGUAGCUUUACACCACACCCCUUCGGCGUGAAUUAGUAGGGGAGGGUCAUAUUCAGCUCUGAUUCGGGAAUUCCUUCUUUCUUCAAGAACUGUUGCUAGGAGUUGGGGAAGAUGAAAGGAAGGAAGAAGGGAUGUUCCUCACCUUCAGCCUUUAUGUUGCUGUUCUGCUGUGUCACCGGGUGUGCAGCUACUGGGUCGGAGGGCAGCGAAGAGGAGCAUGUUGUGGGCGCUGCUUUGCCCCCACUGAUACUUGGGCACUCGGUGUGUGCCAUGAAAGCAGAUGAUGGCCCGUGCAAAGCCAUCCAUGUGCGCUACUUCUUCAAUAUUCAAACCCGUCAGUGUGAAGUGUUUGAGUACGGUGGGUGCCACGGCAACGAGAACAACUUCCUGACGCUGGAAGAAUGUCAGAAGAAGUGUGUGGUAGCAGAAUUGUCUGGGAAGAAGGUGGCAGCACGAAUUAAGAAAGAAAAACCCGAGUUCUGCUUCCACGACAAAGACCCCGGAGUGUGCCGAGGUUACUUUACCAGGUAUUUCUACAACAGAGAGACAAAGUCAUGUGAAGUGUUCAAGUAUGGGGGGUGCCUGGGAAACCAGAACAACUUCAAGAAUUUGGAAGACUGCCGGACUACCUGCCAAGAAAACUCAAACUUAUUGCCAAUUGUUACAGUUGAAGAGCAUCCUAACACUGUGAACAGUAGUUCCCCAGCAGAAAAACCUGAAGAGCUCCCUGGGAUUUUUGUAAAUUUGUUGCCAACUGCUCCAAACGAGCAGUCCAACACUCUGAACAGUAGUUCCCCGAAGGAGGAGCACAACCAGUUUCCCAUUUUUUUUGAACCACCUCCUAUCCCUUCUUUCUGCAUGACCCCUAUGGACAGAGGACUUUGCAGAGCCAAAGAGUUGAGAUUUUUCUACAACCACUCGAGUGGAAGAUGCCACCCGUUCAGCUACAGCGGCUGUGGUGGGAAUGAGAACAAUUUCACCUCCAGAAAGUCGUGUUUGAGGAUCUGCAAGAAAGGAUUCAAUAAGAAACGAGGUGGAAGAAAGUUAAUAAAAAUCAAGAAGAAAAGAAAGAAAGAGUCAGUAAAGGCUCUGGGAGAGGAAAUCAUCCCUGAAAGAAUACAACUUUGAUUUUUAUGGAAACGUGAAGUAAACUGCUCUUCACCUGUGAAUGAAAGCCUUCAGUCUACAUCACUAAAAUAUAUUUACUGUCCUGAUUAUUUUGAUUAUAUAUUAUUAAGCUGCUUAAAUUUUUAUUAUGUAUUCCUCAUUCAUGUUAAUAAAUGUUACCUUUUACUUUGAUAAAGGCUUUUAAAUUGUAGUUUGGUUGUAUAUAAUUGUCAGAGCUGCAACAGGUCAACAGACUGUGUGAGUAUAUAACUCAUAAUGGUUAAAAUGUAGACAAGAUUCAAAUUCACUUUAUUACCCCAUUAUUCUUUUUUAAUUCUAUUUUUGUGCUAAAGAAAGCAUAAUGCCUGUCAAAGAAUCAUCACUUGUCAAACAUGAUUGUUUCAAUCCAUCAUUAAAAGAUGAGUCUGUGCUAUAAAGAGGAAA